AAGAUUUUCGGAGACACAGCCAGGUCCCCAUGACGAUGAACCACUUGAGGGAACAAAAAUACACGUAAUUACGCACGCACCCAAACCCAUCCGCCGGGACGAUCGCCAAGGCGAACUCCGGAUGCCGAUACAGAUGUUUGUCCAAGGGUCCAAGAUCGGUACGUAUGCGUCAUACGACGUUGGGACGCAUCUCUAUUGCGCUCUGAGCAGAUGCGACCGUGGACUACUAGCAUGACAAAAGAGCCGCAAGGGUUUGAAUCCUACCUCUAGGUCUGGACUCGGGGAUUUGGCAAGGGAAACCCUGCGGGGACUAAGCUACGGGCUUUAUAAUAUUCGGCGACAUGUGAUUCCCAAAGAGCUUGGAGGGAGGAUCGUCGGGCAUGCGGCUCCGUCUGGGUAGGUGGCUGUGGUCCAGAUUGUGGACGCUCACCAUGGCGAAUUCCAGGGGCGAGAUGGAAGCCAUGUGGCAUCUAUCAUACGCUGCAGUCAAUGCCAACGAGAAGUGGCCGGUUGAGGCCUCGAGAAUAGCGGCAUUUGCAAGAGCAAAAUCUACGGGUCGAAAUAUGCGACAUGAUGAUUGGCAAUUCGGUUGUCCGAGUGAAGAGCAAAGGAACCUGAUUCUUGAGAGCGGAGGAAGUAGGAUUGCCACGUUCAGACUUGACAAGGGCCCAGGACACUACAAGCGCCAGGGUGGUGGCAUCGAAAUUCACAAGCCGGGAUUGACUCAAGCCCAGAUGUAUGAGAUUGUGGUGAGCGCCGUGGUAGAGCUUUCACGACGCAAGCUCAUCGCAUUGACAGCAAUUGUAUCGAGCGCCGCCGCAUAG